GAGUGUUUGUCCACUUUUGACUUUUAGAACUGUUCAUCUAAGCACUUUGACUCAUCAAAUUCUCUCAAUAUGUAAGCCUAAAAAUAGUCAUGUGUGAUCUUGUUUGAUUCGUCUUAACAUAUAGAUUAUUAAUAUAUAGUUUUUAUAAUUUUUUAAUAUACAAAAUACAAGAUAAAAUGGAUUAAAGAAGUGCAUUGGAUGAUUACGCGCCGACCCGACCCGGGCGCUCAAUCUACGACGACCCCAUUUCGUCCCGCAGAAGCUGAAUCAGUGGCGGGCGGUGUUACAAGGUACAACGCUCGUAGGAACACCGCCUCGAGAGAGAUUCAUACUACAGAAAAUGCAGAAUUGGUUUUCAGGCUUCACCGCCGGCGAUGAUAUUCAGCAGCGGCAAACGGAUCCCGCAUCUUCUUCGUCUCUUUUGGCCGACUGGAACUCUUACGCGGCCACCAAAGCCUCUCAUGGAGACGGCGCAACUGGAUCCCUCAUCGGCGCAUUCGAUCUGGAAGCUGCUGUCCGGUCCGCUAACGACACCGUUUCUGGCACAUUCAGCGUAGUUUCGAAGGGGGUUAGAGACAUGCCAGGGAAUUUUCAGUCUGCUACCAGUAACAUUCCCUCCGGAAAAGCACUCAUGUACUUUGGCUUAUUUCUUGCAACUGGAAUCUUCUUUAUUUUCAUGGCAUUUGCGUUGUUCCUUCCUGUUAUUGUGUUGGUGCCUCAGAAAUUCGCGAUUUGUUUCACUCUUGGGUGUUCCUUGAUCAUUGGAGCAUUCUUUGCUCUCAGAGGUACAAAGAACCAGCUUGCCCACAUGUUAUCAAUGGAGAGACUUCCUUUUACAAUUGGGUUUAUAGGCAGCAUGAUAGGCACUCUUUACGUGUCUAUGGGGCUCCACAACUAUAUCCUUUCCGUGCUCUUCUCUGUAAUUCAGGUUAUGUCAUUGCUGUACUAUGCAAUAUCUUAUUUCCCCGGUGGAUCGGCUGGGCUAAAGUUUCUUUCAUCAUCUAUGGUUUCUUCAGUGUUGAAAUGCUUUGGAAGGUGACAGGUGCAUCAAUGUUUCUAUGGUUAAUGUUCUUUUAGGAUGAGUUGAUUGUUGUAUACUUGUAUAUUCUUUUUUCUUUGUAUGUUUGCCAUUUUGAGUUAUGGAUUAUGCAGUAUGGACCUAGCCAGUAUUUUCUAUGGUGGAUGUUCCUCUAUGCCAUUGUUUUCAUAUAUAAAACAUUAAACUUUCUUUGCCUAU